GCGCAAAACGUAUGGCUGAAAUUAGCAAAGCGGAGUAUUUGAAACGUUAUUUAUCUGGUCCAGAGGAAAAUGAAAAGAAAAAGAAAAGGAGAAAAGUUGUAAAAUCGAAUUCAAAACAUAUAAGAUCAACAAUUAUUGAUGAUGAUGUUGAUUUAAAGUCACUACUCCCAGAGAACUUGGAGAAUACACUAGAUGAAGAUAUUGGAGAGGAUGAUCCAACCAUUGUAGCUAUCAUUGAUGAACGUCCAGAUACUAUACAACAGCUAGAGACUUACAGACAUAGUGAUGGUCGAUGGAAAACACUUGGGACAGAUGACGAUUUUGACCCAUCAUUGUUGAAGAGUAUGAAAGAUGAAGACAUUUUAAAAAAUACAAAAUCAUUUUUCAAGAAUAAAAGGGAAAGUGAAUAUAACAAAAAAAGUGUUUCAAGACAAUCUGAUCUUCCCAGAAGAAAAAGACAUGAUUCAGAUUCAGAUAAUUCAUUACCAAGAAAACAUAGACAUGAUUCAGAUUCUGACCAAUCAUUGCCAAGGAAUCAAAGACAUGAUUCAGAUUCUGACCAAUCAUUACCAAGGAGAGGGAGGCAUGAUUCUGGUUCUGAUUCAUCACCAGCAAGAAAACCCAAAACCUCAAUCCGUAAAUCUCGUUUUGAACCAAGAAAAAGAUUAGAUUCAGAUGAAUCACCUCCAAGAAGACAAAGACAUGAUUCAGGAUCUGACAAAUCACCACCUAGGAGGAAAAGACAUGAAUCUGGUUCUGACCAAUCACCACCCAGAAGAAAAAAAAAUGAUUCAGAUUCUGACCAAUCACCACCAAGAAAAAAAGAUAAGAUGAGUAAAACAUUAUCUGGUAAAAAAGCUGGAUUACAAAGUGCUAAAGAUAUGAAAAUGGAGGCAGAAAAGAUGAAAAAGAAAGAAGAUGAUGCCUUUAAAAAGAUUAGCAAUGAUGCUUUAGGAAGAAAUGCAGUGACAGUUUUCAGAGACAGAAAAACAGGAAAGAGAAGAAACAUGGAGGAUGAAGCAGAAAAAAAUGCUGAACAACUUGAGAAAGAAAGACAAAUGAAAGAAAAAUAUGAAAAAUGGGGAAAAGGAAUGAAACAACAAGAACAACAACAAAGAAAUGUAGAAGAACAUUUACAUGAGGCGUCUAAACCUAUGGCUAGAUUUAAAGAUGAUGAUGAUUUAGAUAAACACUUAAAGGAGAUAACCAGGGCAGAUGAUCCUAUGCUUAAAUUCUUAAAGAAAAAGAAACCAAAAGAUUCAAAGAAAAAAGAGUUACCAAAGUACAAAGGAGCCCCACCACCUCCAAACAGAUUUAAUAUGAUGCCAGGCUAUAGAUGGGAUGGUGUUGAUAGAUCUAAUGGCUUUGAGGCUAAAUACUUUGCCAGCAUAUCCAAUAAGAAAGCUAUAACAGAGGAUGCUUAUAAAUGGAGUGUUGAGGAUAUGUAAGGGAAUGAAGUGCUGAUUUAUAUUGUAAGAGGCAGCUUGAAACACAGUUAUGUGUUUGUAAUUUCAAUGGCAGCUGUGUAGUGAAAACUAAUGAUGGUUACAAGGUGUAAUGACAGAGAGCUAGUCAAGUGUUAAUGGAUUGUACCAGUCAAGGUGAAACUCUAGAAGUGUGGAGAAGACCAUUUACCUUUCAAGAAUAGUCUUCCUGUAUGUCAGAUGAUUCUGGCAGUAUCAGGAUAAUGAUUUGAAUUAUAUUUUUAUACCAAUCACAAUAUAGAUGCUUACAUAUUAUUUGCAAUUAUGAGGACACCACAUAAAAUAUACUCAUUUAAUGACUGUUUACAAACCUUUAUGUAAUCACUUUUCAAAAUGCUUGCAAAAUAUCUUAUGCAAAUCACUUAUGUAUAUUUUGAAUGAUUUAUGUUACUAUCCAAUGGUGUUUUAAGUUCACCAAAACGAAAGUUGAAAUUAAAUACAUGUAUGCCAAAUGACUAAAUAAAUAACUUACAAUACCUUUGAUAUCAAGGCUGUACCCAAGAUGAGAUUUGAUGUGCUAGUAUAUGACCUACAGUAAAAACCAUCUAACUUACAUAUUUUCAUAAAAAUUUUAAAGCUGUUAUUUUUAGCUCACCUGGCCCAAAGGGCCAAGUGAGCUUUUCUCAUCACUUGGCGUCCGGCGUCGUUAACUUUUACAAAAAUCUUCUCCUCUGAAACUACUGGGCCAAAUUUCACCAAACUUUGCCACAAUCAUCAUUGGGUUAUCUAGUUUAAAAAAUGUGUCCAGUGACCCUGCCAACCAACCAAGAUGGCCGCCAUGGCUAAAAAUAGAACAUAGGGGUAAAAUGUAGAUUUUGGCUUAUAACUCUGAAACCAAAGCAUUUAGAGCAAAUCUGACAAGGGAAUAAAUUGUUAAUCAAGUGAAGAUCUAUCUGCUCUGAAAUUUUCAGAUUAAUUGGACAAAGGGUUGUUGGGUUGCUGCCCCUGAAUUGGUAAUUUUAAAGAAAUUUUGUUGUUUUCAGUUAUUAUCUUGAAUGCUAUUAUAAAUAGAGAUAAACUGUAAACGGCAAUAAUGUUUUCAGCAAAGAAAGAUCUACAAAUAAGUCAACAUGACCAAAAUGGUCAGUUGACCCCUUAAGGAGUUAUUGCCCUUUAUUUUAAACAAUUUUCAUUAAUUUGGUAAAUUUUUACCAAAUAAUUUUCUCUGUUACUAAUGGGCAUAGUUCAUUAUUAAUAUCAUUGUAAGUAGCGAGAACUUCAGUAAAGUAGAAACUUCAAACACAUCACCAAAACACAAUUUUGUCAUGAAUCCAUCUGUGUCCUUUGUUUAAUAUACACAUAGACCAAGGUGAGCGACACAGGUUCUUUAGAGCCUCUAGUUUUGUUUGUUAAAUUUAAAUCUGGAAUUGAAUAUUGAUUUCUAUGUGCAAUCAAAGCAAUAUACAUAUGUAUAUGUACAUAGUUAAUAAAUUGAUUUUGAAAGUAACAUUUUGUAACCACAACAUAUGUUUUGUCAGCAAUGUACAAGUAUUUCUAUUAAAUAAUAUUUGUUCAAAUACUAUUUUACAAA